AUGAACUUUGAAGAAGAAGCAGAAAGAGAUGCAAUGGCUGAAUUUGCUCGAACAGGUGUAUACGAUUUCGUUGAAACUGUAAAUCAUUCUAAACCAUCACAUGACGAUGACAUUUUCUUUCAUAACAAAGAACAACAAAAAUUAGAUAGUGAUGAUGAACCUGAAGGGCAAUUUGAUCGAUCUGUAGAAGAUGUUGCUGAAGUAGAAGAUGAAAGCGACAUAGACUUAGAUGAAUCAAUGAUUUGGGCACCUGAAAAAAGAUUUGAAACUAACUUUUUACGUAGGACUGAAAAUCGAUUCAAGAGUUUCCGAAGAUCAUAA